AGCAAAAGAAGAAACAGAUUUUUUUUUUGUGAAUGAGGAAAAAAAAGUUUUGUGAAUGCCGCAGUUGAAUUUUCAUCUCGCAUCAGAUAAGUCGUGAAAAACUAGAGUUGAUUGAGAGAAAAGUCGAGACGAUCGUGGAGAAGCAAAAGUGAAAUUGAAAGUGAAAUUUUUUUUGAUACCUUAAAAAAACAAUCAGACGAAAAUUUCUUAAUCGACGAUAAAUGAAUUAAUAUAAAAAUAGUAAGAAUAAGAAGUCUGGAGGAAAUUAAUUCCCUAUUUUUCUUUUUUUGUGAACCCGAAACGUACAAUUUUUCACAAUCGAAAGUGUGAAGUGAUAUUAGACAGAAAGUGUGAAGAAAAUUUUCCCGCCGCACGUACAUGGCGCAAACAGGAAAAAAUAAUCUAUAACAUAAAAAGAUCUCUUUUCUGAACUCUCUCACUCUCGGCUGACUUGAAUGAGAAUCCAAAAGAAAAAAGAAAAUUAUAGUAAUUCCUCGACUUAAUCUUUGCCACCUAUUGAAAGCUUAAGUACGAUCUCGCGUGGCCAUUGAAUUAUUAUUUUGGAUAUUAUGAAGCAUUAAAAAAAAUCUCUUGUUGAAAAUCCACCGCACGCGGUACUAUUUGAGUGUGAAUUAGAAAAUCAACACGAGUCGCGAGGUCUGAAGUGUAAAAAAAUGAAUAAUUGAAAGUGGUGGCAAAUUAAUAAAUAUUCAGAUGAUUUGUACUGCAAAAGUAAUGUUGUGAUAAAGACGAGAACAUAUGUAAAGACAAACACAAUCUAUCUGGGGAGCAAUCAUUAGAACGAUAUUGAAAGUGUGAAACAAUAAGGUGAUGAUCACCAUUUAACCGUGAACAUACUGACUUGCAAUGCUUAUAUUUCGUACAAGUGUGAAAAUAUUCUUCAAAUAAAUAUAUCGGCAAAGUGCUUUAGACUUUGAAAGGAUUGUUUCAAUAAACAACACUGCUUGAUACUUUUUUUCCGCACAAUUUUACUUAAUUAUUGGAGAUUAGAAUUGAAAGAUGAGUCACGGUCAUAUGCAGCAGUUGAAUGAUGGUGCAAUGAACAUGAACAUUCAUCAUCAUCAUGCAAAUAAUGUGAAUGAUCAUUACGAUAAUGUUUUGAAUUUAAACUUAAAUAAUGAGUAUCAUCAUUAUGGUUCUGAUUAUUGGAACUCAUCUUAUAAAAAUGGAUCUACACCGAUGAAGGAAAUGGAAGCAUGUCUACAGAAUGCCGACAAAGAGAGAAAUUCGUACAAGCCACUUGAACAAUUGGACCAAAUCAAAUUGACAGACAUCAGUGAGCAGUCACCGCAUCAAAUUCAACAGGCGACAUCAGCAUCACAUGGUGAUAUUAGUGGCAACAAAGUGAAUGGAAAUGACUUAAAUAAAGGCAUGACUCAGAAGCCAAAGUGCAAUAAAAAGGGUGAUAAUGAGAAGCAGCAACUUCCAUUCCACUCAUCACUCCUUAAUGCUAAUGUGAUUCUUGAAGCUAAGCCACUUUGGGAUAAAUUUCAUGAACAAGGAACUGAAAUGAUUGUGACGAAAGCCGGUCGACGAAUGUUUCCAACCUUUCAAGUUCGCGUUGUUGGACUUGAUCCACAAAUUAGUUACAUGAUGAUGAUGGAUUUCGUUCCUGUCGAUGACAAACGCUACAGAUAUGCAUUUCACACAUCGUCAUGGGUCGUUGCUGGCAAAGCAGAUCCAAUUUCACCGCCUCGAAUUCACGUACAUCCAGAUUCACCUGCAUCAGGUGCGACAUGGAUGAAACAAACAAUAUCAUUUGAUAAAUUAAAACUCACAAAUAAUCAGCUAGAUGAUCAUGGACAUAUUAUUUUAAAUUCAAUGCACAGAUACCAGCCUCGUUUUCAUAUCGUGUAUUUACCGCAGAAUGGCAUAAAGGAAGAGCGUGAAUUUAUGAAUUUUCGUGCCUUCGUUUUCCCUGAAACGUCAUUCACUGCUGUGACUGCUUAUCAGAAUCAACGCGUGACACAGUUGAAGAUCGUAUCAAAUCCAUUUGCUAAGGGAUUCAGGGAUAAUGACACUAAUGAUGAUUCACAAGAUCAACGACUGACAACAGCAGUAGCGGCAUCAUCAGAACGAUUGAAAAGUGAUCGCGCCAACAAUAACAAUAUUAGUAGCAAUAGCAAAAAAGAUGACUUGUCAAUCACAAGUUUGACUUCAUCUCAACUCCAGACGACAUCACCGCAGCCAGCAUAUGCAAUAAAUCCACAAAAUAACUUUGUAGCCUCACAUAUGUUGGGCCAGACGUAUGGGACAGAAAACAGUAAUUUUGGACCAAUUUAUCAUCAUCAUCACAAUGCACAUCCGUACGCGAAUCCUUAUGAUAAAUAUAAGGUACCAACACCAGCUACCCCAAAUGUUUAUGGAAGUCAUUAUCAAGGAUUUUAUGGACAUCAAAUGACUCGCGUGGAUUAUAUACCAAGAUAGAUUUAAGACUAAUAUUUAUUGGCAAUAAAAUAUAUUUUUCGAUAAUUUUAAUAACUUAGCUAAUACUUAAUAAACUUAAUUUUAUUUUGAGAAUUAUUUAA